AUGAGUACCAAAGAGGUUAUAGCUCUUUCGAAAAUGAGCGAUACAGAAUUUCUGCAUUACUUACUGGGCAAUGAAGAUUCUAUUGGUGAUGUUGUACUUCGUGUUGACAAUCGCAUUUUCGAUCCUCUGCGUGAUGAACAAUUAAAACAGCAGACAGAAAUCGACAAAGAAUGGGAAACAUUGAUGGUAUCCGGCCCGAUUGUUGUUUGCUACAUGAGCAAUCUUAUGGUUCUUGCCAGCAAACGUGAUUUUUCUUUUCAAGCUCCACUAGACUACGUCUAUCGUUAUAUUAGAUAUCCAAAUUCUUUUCGUGCCACUCUUCUUCAAGUAUCAUCUGAUAUGUACAAUGCUUUGAUGGGUGCUCACACGGCUAUGGAUCGUAUUCAGUUAGCCAUUCAACAAGUACCGUCACAUGUCAAAACAGCAAUGAAAUUGAUUACUUCAGCAGGGAAUGCCAUGCUUAAAUCGAUGUUACCACGAAUUUUCGAUAGUAUCGGACGUUUAGCAACGGAAAGUGCCGAUAUUGCCAAUUCUACUUUGCAACGUUUCAAUUUACUACAAGAAUUACUUGCUGAAAUCAUUGAAUUGAGUGCAAACACGCAAGGAGUUAACGAAGCCGCAAUUUAUGACAUGGAAACGAAGAAAAACCAAUCAAUACUUGAUCAAGAACGUCUUCAGAAUAGCCUUAGUACUAUUCAGAGUCAAUACAAUGCAUCUAAAGCAGCUUUGGAAAGUACACGGAAAAAGUAUGCCGAAGCCAUGCAACUUAUUACAGAUUCAUCAAUGCCUGCGAUUGUUGAUGCCCAAUCAGAUCCUCUCACGGAUAUCAUUACACUCGCCAUCGGUGUUGUAUUCGAUCCAGUCAGUACCAUUGGUUGUAUUUUGGGUGAUUGCAAAAAUCCGGAACCAGUUAUAGACAAUUGCAAAUUUGUGAAUGCUAUGAAAAUCGCUAAACAAGCACGCCGAGAUCUAGAAAAAGCAGAACAACUUCACAAUGAACAUUUUCAACAACAGUUAGCCGAACAGAAUGAAUUGGCUAAGACCGUAGGACAAAUGGCUAUGCUCGAUUUGAGUAUCUUCAGUACAGAAGAAAUUGUUCGACUUCUUCUCGAAACAACGCAACAAAUCAGUUUGAUCAAAGAACAAUGGAGUCGCAUCAUUCGAUUCUUCUCGAAAUUGGCUGCUCAAGCCCAUAGUACUGAACAAGUAUAG